AUGGAGGACUCGUGGCAUGUGUUUUUUGGUUGUAAUGCGACUAAUCGCUGUUGGCAAAUUACAGGUUUGUCCCACAUUAUUUAUCCUCGAUUACAAAUUUUCCAUGAUGUAAAAUCCUUGAUUCUUGAUAUCUGUAGUAAGGAGGAUAGUAUGGUUGCGGGUAGAGUUGCGGUAAUGAUUGAUAUUUUAUGGAGAAAUCAUAACAAUAUGGUUUGGAACAAUGAGAAGGAGGAAUAUUCUAAGCUUGGUUUAAAUGCUUUUUGUAGUUGGCAAGAGUGGUUUCUGGCACAACGGCAUGGUACCAAUGUGGGUAAUAGAGCUUCAAACCUGAGGUGGGUGCCACCGGUGGAAGGAAGUUUCAAGUGCAAUGUGGAUGCGGGUUAUAAUAAUAGUCGGGGUACUACUAACCGGGAUUGGUGCAUGAGAGAUCAUAUGGGGAGCUUUAUGUUUGCAGGUGCGGCUUGGGAUUUUAGUCAUUAUCCGAUUCUUGAAGCGGAAGCUUUGGCUCUCAAAGAAGCCAUUCAAAGUGCUAUCGACAUGGAGAUGCAAAAUGUUAUCUUUGAAUGCGACUCCCUUAGAAUGGUACAAGCUAUUCAUGGCAAAUUCCAAGGUGUUUCAGAAUUUAGCUGCAUUAUUUCUUCUAUUCAUAGAUUGUUAUUUAACUUUCCUAACUUCAAGGUGAAGUUUGUUAAACGUCAAGCGAAUAUGGUUGCCCACUCUAUAGCUAAGGCGGCCAAUUCUUGGACUAGGCGUAGUUUAUUUCAUAUGAUACCUCUUUGUAUUGAACAACUUUUAUUUAAUGAUAUGAAUUGA